UUAACAGCGCCUCUAUUUGUCCAUUGGAUUAAUUCAUUCAUUAGCAGCACCUCCGAUUGUCCAGUGGACUAAUUAGUUUAUUAAUAGGGUUUCUAAUUGUCUAUUGGACUAAUUAGUUGAUUGACAGCGCCUCCAACAUUUUUUUUCUUUUUUUACUAAUUCAUGACUAGCACCUCUAAUUGGCCACUGGACUAAUUUCUUAAUAGUUUAAACUGUACACUCCUAAUUAGCUAAUUAACAGCACCUCUGGCUGUGCAAUUUCAAUAAAUAUUUCCUUCUCUCAACAGUAUCUCACUUCUCUCUCCACUUCUAAUUGUUCGUUCCCUACUUAAUUAGUAUUGCUGUUAAUUGUUCUUCAUAACCACUAAGUUGUCUUCACUGAUUACUAAUAGUAUUGCUGUUAAUAGCUAGGCUUUUUCAUUAAUUUACUAAGAUCACUGUUACUUUUCCUGUUCCCUAGCUUUAUUAAAAGCAACUUUAAUUGUUCAUUGCCCUAAUUAAUGUAUUAAAAAGUGUUAGUUGCUCGACAUCAUUAACUGAUUAGCAGCACAGUUAAUUGUCCAAAUUCCCAAUUAAUUUAUUCAUAUCACUGUUACUUUCUAUUGUUCUUAAUUGUACAUCACUAAUGUAUUAAUAGCACCAAUAAUUACACAUCUCCUUAAUUAAUGUAUUCAUAGUAUCCCUUUCCAGCGUUUUUACUCUUAUUAAUAGUGUUGGUAAAUGUUGUUCUCUGUCGUUAAUCUUUUUUUUUAACAUCACAGUUAAUUAGUUGGCUCCUCAUUAAGAGAAGGAUUCAAAUCUGCUUCCAAUUGCCCAUGUGAUUUUUAACACCACUUCCUCCUCCUUUUUAAUUAACCUAAUUAAUCAACGGUAUUACUAUUUCAUAUCAUGAUUAAUUAGAGUUUGUGCUUUAUUAGACAAGGAAAUCCACAUCUGAUUUCUCUUCACCAGCCUCAUUUUAACCCCAUAUCCCCAUCCCUCUAAUUAACACCCAUCAUUCAUUUUUAAUAUCCUAAUUAAUUGCUUCCGAGUUAAAUGCCAAAUUCCCUUCCCCUGGGCAGGUUUAUCCCCAGCAUCAAUUUAAAAAUAACCAAAGCGCCCCUGUUAAUAUUUAACAUGUUUCUUCCUCUCAUCAACCGACCUAAUUAAUCCCAACUGUUAAUUAUUUUUUAUAUAAAAAGUAAUCGAUUUGUGUCACCCAGUAGGUUUUAAAAUCUUGAUGCUUCAGGCAAAAUAUUUAUCUAUCUUCAUUAGCUGCUAACAAGUUGGUUUUAUUUAAUUACUCUGACUCUGAAUUUUGUCUUGUUUCAACAGUGGAACAAAAAAAAUCCCUGUUUUCCACCCCCCCAAAAAAAACCCAAAAAGUUGAUAAGGUUUAUUAAGACAUCACACAAUUUGCAAUAUUUUGGGGUCCCACUGACUCUAUAAGAUUCCUGGGGUGCUGCAGAAUCCAGGAUAUUUGGGGGUUCAGCUGAAGCUAUAGAGUUUUUCAGGGUCCUAUUGACUUUGUAGGAUUUGUGAACGUCCCAUUUCAGUAGUGGAGGAGCCUCAUACAGGGUUGCGGGGUCUUUGAGGAGGCUGUUUUGGGGGUCCCCUUAGCUCCCCCAGCCCAGCACCACCAUGUUCUACUACCCCAAUGUCUUGCAGCGCCAUACAGGCCGCUUUGCCACCAUCUGGCUGGCAGCCACGGGUGGCACCAAGCUGGUGAAGAGAGAAUAUUUGAAAGUGAAUGUGCCGCAAACAUGCGAAGAAAUCCUGUCCUACAUUCUGGUGCAGGCCCCGCCGCCCACGCCCUCCGCCCCCCGGCCCCGCUUCUCCCUCUAUCUCUCUGCCCAGCUGCAGUAUGGGGUGGUGCGGGUCUACAGCCGACAGUGCCACUACCUCAUCGAGGAGAUCCAGCACACCUUGGAGCGUCUAAGCCGGGCCCAGCAGCAGAUCCGCAUCGACAUGGGGGACCUUGAACAGCCGGGGCUGCUGCUUCCCGACAACCUGUUAUUGAUGGAGGCCCUGGAGGAUGCACCCGACCCCUUCUUCGGGGUGAUGGAGCCACCGCUGCCCAGCCCCACUGACAUCCCACAGAUUCGACAUAUUCUGGAGGCUCCCACCCCCCCAGAGAGACCAUCCCCAUCCCCCCGGCGCAGGAGGGCAGAAGCGCCCCCCAUCACAGUUGUGUCCCCCGAAAUCAUCACCAUGAAGGAGGUGGAGCCCAUCAAGCUGCUGGAAAUCGAGGGCGAGCGCGACCUCCCAGAGAUCACGGCACGCGAGAUCGACCUGCUGGCUGAGCAGGAGGACUUCGUCCUGCCCCCCGCCUCACCCCGCGCCCCCCCCAGGAGACGCCCCAUGGAAGAGCUGGAGGAGGAGAUGAGAGCCCGGGAGGCCGAGAUCACGGCCAGACUGUCACCCCCAACCCGGGUGGGUGAGGAGCCCCCCACCGAGGUGGAGACCCCCAUCCUGCUCGAGGAGCUGGCCCGGCUGCCAAAGGAGGAGCUGCCCCCGCCCCCCGAGCUGAGCCCCCCGAGGGAGCCAGGGCUGCCGCCCCCUCCCCCCUCCCCAGCUGUGACCCCGAGGGUGGAGCGCCCCCCAAUCAGCCCGAAGCUGGAGCUGGCCGUGUACGAGCCGGCCCCACCGCGCACCCCCCGGCGCCAGCCCCGCUUCCUGGACGAGGUGACCCAGAUCCCGCGGGACCAGUUCAACAAACAGAUCCUGGAUGUGCGGGCCCAGUGCCGGCCCCUGGAGGUGGUGGAGGUGCCAGCCCGGCAGCGGCGGACCCCAGCGGAGCUGCUAAGAGCCCCCACGUAUGGCUGGCUGCCCCCCGAGCUGCUCGCCCUGUGGCAGCGCUGCGCCGUCCUGCGGCCCGUGGACUACGCGGCACUCGGGGCCGAGGAGGAGAGAAAGGAAGAGCCAGUCAGCGAACUGGAGGUUGCACGUGAGGCCCUAGAGCCCAGCAUCCCUGUGAUGGUCUCCUCAGAGAUCUCCCUGGAGACCACCGGGGAGGAGGUGCCACGCCCCAGCCUGGUGACCCCCGAGGAGCGAAGGCUGGUGCCGGAGCCCGAGGAGGCCCUGCCCAUCGUCCCCGAGCUGCCUGAAGUCAGCCUGGAGCUGCCCCCGGACAGGGACCUGAUCACGCUGGAGUACAUCCGCAGGCUGGUGGCCGCAGAGCUGGAGCAGGUCGGGGAGACGGAUUUCCGGUCCCUGGUGCCCACCACGACCUCGCGCAUCAUCGCCAGCCGCAUCUUCUACCUCUGCCUCGUUCUCUGCGGGCUCCAGUUCCUGCAGCUGGACCAGGCCGAGCCCUACGGGCCGAUUCUCCUCAAACGUGGGGCCCGAUUCCGCCCAGGCUAGGGGCCCCGCCAGGGGGAGAAGAGGCUCCCCACUGCUGAAUGGGUCUCUCCCCCCCAUUACAAAUCUGUUCUAAUUAAAGUGUUUUGCCAGCAACCUGCCCCCUGAGGUAUUUGGGGGCAGGGGGAGCAGGUGCUUUUUCCUUUCCUCUAGCGCUGAGACCCCAAACUCAGACCCCUCCCUGCACAGCAAAAGGGAGGCCCAGCAUCACCCUGCCCCCUGCUUUCUCACCUACCCCCCUUGCAGGAGGGGGCAGAACAUAGGCUCACCCUCUCCAUGGCCCCUCUGCCCCCCUGCUAACAGGGGCUGGGUCUUUCCCCCCACCCCCUCCCCAUCUCCUUUCCCCUAACCUUGAGGUUCA